CUUGGUUCCUUAGGCCACAGAGGGCUUAGUGCCCGCUGACUCAUCCCUCUUUUUGCCGCCUUGCAAAUCGUUUUACCGAACCAGCGGCCAAGCCCGGGCUCUGGCGAAGAAGCAAGAAUCGACAUCAUCACGUUCAGCCUCAGCGCUCGAACUGAACCCAUUCGUCACUCUUCUCCUCUUCUUUCUCAUUUCAUUCACCCAGCGGCCCGAAGCCGGCGACGCAAAUGUUGCCUCUAUCGGUGCGGCGCGCGGUCGCCUCUGCGCCUCAGGGGGCCGGGCUGGCCUCUCUCGCCGCGUCCACCCCCAAGGUCGCAGCCUCGAGCUUCAUUCUGAAUCGCCCCCAAAGACGUUAUUCGUCGUCGAAACCCUCCCGAUCCGAUGAGCCCAACGAUAUUGCGGCCGGACAGUCGGUGCCGGCGUCCGCGUCGGCGCGCGGAGAGAGCAAGGCCGGCAGGAAACGGAAGACCAAGGACUCGGCUGACCGGAAUGCGGCCUUCAAGAAACUACCCAGCGUUCCCAGCACCCACCACAUGUCCGAAGAAGCUCUGGGCCUAUCGACCUUCUUCUCCCUUCACCGACCCAUCUCCGUCACACAGACCAUGCCCAGGACCGUUACAGACGAGCACUUUGCAUCCAUAUUUGCGUCUCGAUCAAAGUCGAGCAGGAUACGAGACACCGUCUCUACGCUUUCCGACACCAUCGAUCAGCUGGAAGGCCCCAUGGCCCAGAUGACAAUAGGAGGCCAGGACCGAGGUGCCAGCGACGGCAUGCACAGGCUCGACGUCAAGAACUCCGACGGAACCGAGUCGAGCAUCUAUCUCCAGGUCGAUGCCAUGUCGGGCGAGUUCUUGCCUUUCCGCCCCCCUCCGUUGCCUGUGGCGCAGCAAGGCGUCGAGGCUGACGGAGCUGCUGCUUCUGAGGCUGAGGCCCUGGAAGAGGCGGCCCACCACAGGGUGUACAAGGCCAUGUUCACCAUUGAGGAGUCAACAGAGCCGGACGGCCAGAUCAGAAUCAUCGCCCACAGCCCUCGAAUCAUGCAAGACGAGCAGCCCCGGAACUUCCUGGAGCGCCUGGCCCUCCGCCAGCUGCGUUUCGACCAAACUCGCGGCCACCGUGACAUGUAUGCCAUCAGCGUCAAGCGGCAACGGAAGCUCAAGAUGAAGAAGAAGAAGUACAAGAAGCUGAUGAAGAAAACGAGGAACUUGCGCCGCAAGCUGGAUCGAACCUAAGGGGCGGCUGUGACCUUGGGCCGUGUAGACAUUCCAGGUUUCAUUAUUUCUUUUCCUUUUCUAUUGCGCUCGGUUUCCUGGGUUGUUGUCUCCCUGGCAGUUGGCCAGAUCUCAUUUUGCCGACCAUGAGUUACGCAUCGCGCUCCUGGGGCUCUUUCUCUUGCAUAGACUUUGAGAAGAUUGCAGUUGUCAUGUUGUCGUGGUGCAUGGGUGGGGCACGGCCUUU